AAAGUCCGCUCAUUAACCUUAAGUGACGGAAUCAGGCCAAUGUCACUGCCUCGGCCGGCGUGCAGGGCUACAUAAGCGGGGUCGUCCAAGCCAGAACCCAAAAAAGGCUUUUUCCUUCGCUCCGUUUGCAUCGAGAACCAAAAAACGCACCAUGUCGGGAGCCGCCGUGUCCAUGUGUCUGCUGAGCCUGCUGUCUGUCUGCUCAGCCUGCUACAUCUCCAACUGCCCCAUCGGGGGCAAAAGAUCCCUGGAGGAAUACCCCUCACGCAAGUGCCUGUCGUGUGGCCCCGGGGACAGGGGCCGCUGCUUCGGCCCCAGUAUCUGCUGCGGCGAGGGGCUGGGCUGCUGGGUGGGCUCCCCAGAGACGGCGCGCUGCAUGGAGGAGAACUACCUGCCCACCCCCUGCGAGGCUGGAGGGAAACCCUGCGGGUCUGAGGAGGGACGCUGCGCCGCGCCGGGCGUCUGCUGCGACUCAGAGGGCUGCAGCUUCGACCAAUCCUGCGUAGCCGGGGACGGCGAAAACGACCUGGCCGGCCAAUCGGAAAUCAGCAACCCCGGCCUGGGAGCCGAAUUCCUGGUGAGGCUCCUGCACCUGGCUGGCCACGCCCCUCCUCAUCGGCUCCACCAAUGAGCCGCGCGUACGGCGGGCUCAGGACAGGCUCUUAGUUUCCAGGGAUGUACAAUCAAUCAGCGACAUAAAUACAUACCCCUGUAUAAUGACCACAUUGCAAAUGGAUGUAAAUCUGUGUAUAAAAAAUUUCAAUGAUAGCGACGUGUUGUAAAGUACAGGAGGUGGAGAAAGACCACUAAUUAAUAAAGACUUGUGAGAGUG